CCCUGCCCAAUGCAGAGUCCGAGUGAGGUUGAGAGAGGUGGGGCUCGACUAGAAAAGGCGGAGGGGCGUGGCCAGCCCCAGUUAUCGGCCUAAACAGUCUGGAGGAGGAGGGGGCGGGGCGGAAAGGAAGGGGCGGGGCUAUGCAUUGCAGUUCCCAAAUGCGACCGAGAAGAGAAGGGCGAAGCUUUGGGUGUGAACAUCUUUGCUGGCAAGCCUUUAAGCUGGAUCCCCAACUGACAUCCACCAAGGAUGAUGAUGAGUGAAGGAGAAUAUGUCUUUUGCAAGUGGAAAAAGCGGCUAUGGCCAGCACAGAUCUUGUCUAGAAGCCAGAGUUCCAGAGGGCGUCUGCUUCCUGAGAAGCUCGGUUCCAUUCGGCUCAAAAUUAUUGCUGAAAAUAAACAGGUUACCAUGCGUUUUGCCCAUAUUGUACCUGUGACAGUACAAAGCAUUGAAGAGAUUGCAGAUAAAUUGGGUCCAAGCAACGAAACCCAGAAGGUGAUAGAAGAGUUGACUUAUCGUCGAGCCUUGCGAGAAUUGCUGGAGAUCAUGAAGGAACAGGCAGCCCCUAAAGGUCCCGACUCUUUUAGGGGAAGGAAUGAAGAGGCGUCAAACGGGAAAGGACAUCAGGAACAAUCUUCAGCGCCCCAGGAACCCCUUUCUCCCCGAAGAAGCCCGCGUUGGACCCUUUCAGAUUCUCCAGCCACAUCACUGAGACCUUUGGCAUCGAGAACCAAUCACCUGUCUACCUGCAAACCUCCUUUGUCUGCAUCAGGAGUCCUUCCAGGUGUCAGGAAGCCAGCCUUGGAGGUGGGCAGAGUUUGGAAAGCCCCAAAGCCAAACAUCUCCCAGAGUGUGGCAGCAUCACCCCAACUCACCCAGAGGUCUCCCCUGGCUUCCAAGGUGCAUCAGCAAAUUGGCGGUCCAUCUGGCAAGAAGGCGCCUUCAAACCGACCGGUGAGAACCAGCACCCCGGACUCUACUUCUCGCAAGUGCUGCCCCAGAUUCCCGCCAGCCAAGGGAAGAGACGAGGCUGCUUCAAAACUGCGGAGGAAUUUGCUGGGACCUGCCCUCGAAGGGUUUUCCUCCCAGCCGGCAAAUGCUCUCCCGGCCAAGCGAGAGGCACGGAAACGGAAGAAAUGGCAGCAACCCUCCAGGGGCGCCAGGUGCUCCCUGCGCUUGGAAGCCGCUUGCUCCAAGCAGAUCCUGGCCACUCAGGAACCCUCCCUGGAAAAGUCACAGUGCGUGAGUGGGAGAGAGCCCGGAAAGGCCAGCGAACCUCCUCUGGAUUGUGUUCCUUGGGAACUGAAAAGAGAGCCUGACCCAUGUAGAGAUGGAGAUGGAGGAGGCUGGCUUCCCGACUUUGCGGAUAAGGAAGCAGAUCAGGCAUCUGAUCUUUCACUGCAGCUGAGCCCCGUAAGAAAAGUGAGCCCAAGCCCAGAGUCAAAGGAUGAAGAAGAGGAAGAGGAGGAGGAGGAAUUACCCAGCAUUUUCUUGCAUCAAGAACCUCGUUGUUUUGAAGUCGGGAUGAUAGUUUGGUGCAAGCUCCCAAGAUAUCCCUACUGGCCAGCUGUGGUAAAAAAGGUACAUCGGAAAGCUAAGAAAGCCAAUGUCGUCCUUAUAGAGAAAUGCAUGGAUGCCACGAAAACUAAGGGGUUCUCUACUUCCCUCAGAAACCUAAAGCACUUUGACUGCAAAGAGAAACAGACGUUGACAGAGAAAGCAAGGGAGAACUAUAACCGCGAACUCAACUGGUGCAUCAGCUUGAUUGCAGAUUACAGAAUUAGAGUAGGUUGCCAUUCUUUUGUGGGAUCCUUCCUGGAAUAUUGUGCUGAUGACAUGAGCACUCCGGUCCGAAAAGAAUCCUUCCCUACUUUAUCCCAGAUGAGCUUCCGUCAAAUGGAGGAGUUGGACAAUGGGGAGCUUCUCGCUGAGAUAACGCCCCCAAAGCAAGAGAAGAAAAUUCUUCCUGACCGGACGCGAGCCGCCCGAGACAAAGCCAACAAACGGAUUGUGGAGUUCAUUGUAAAAGCCAAAGGAGCUGAUGAGCACCUCCGCUCUAUCCUGAAGAGCCAGAAACAGUCACGCUGGCUAAGGAAAUCCCUCAAAACACCCCGGUAUUUAAUCCUGGAAACCUACCUGGAGGAUGAUUAUCAGCAGGACCUUGUGCUCAACUACUUAAAGAAAGUUUAUCGGGAAGUUGGAGCCAAGAAGCUGCCGGUUAAAAAUAGAGACAGUGCCAAAUUUGUCCUUGAAGUACUUUUUCCAGAAGCCAUCAUUUAUGCAAUUUCUGCUGUGGAUCAGAUAGACUACAAGACAGCAGAAGAAAAAUACAUCAACGGACCUCCAGUGAGCAAAAGGGAAAGAGAAGAAUUUGAAAAAGAAAUCCAAGAGGAGAAGCAAAGUUGUGCCAAGAAAACAAGAAGCCAUCUGUAAAUAAACUCUGAAGUUCUUUUUCCAUCCAUUUAUGUACUGAGUCCUGUGAGGGAGAUUAAAUUCUGUGGUUUUGUACAGAGUAUUAAAUUUAUUACAUAUAUAUAUAAAUAGAGAUGUAUAUGAAAGAGAUGUCUAUGAAAUAGGAGGAAUCGGGAUGCCUGCUGUUUCCUCCGUCUCCAUUCAGUUAGAAAUAAAUGAGUUGUGUUUGGUCUGUCUCAACGAAUCUCGGCUACAUAAGAAGCUGCCUCCAGUUUGAAGCACAUUUUAAAAUUAUAUGAAUAAGUAUCAGCUCCUUAUAGACUUGAUUGUGAUUUGAGCCCACCGUUGACUCUGGACAACGUUUGAAAUGGCUCUCAUAUCUAUUUAGCCAGAAGCAACAUACAUGUAUGUAUUGCAGACUCUUCUCUCUUCUGUUCUUCAGUUAUCGGGGUGGCUAAGAUUCAUUCAGUCUGUUCUGAUGCUAAGUUGUAGGACCAGGCACACUUCCAGACUUAUUCAGAAGUGCUUUGGACUGUGGACGAAGGCAGCCAUUCUUUACUACUCAUUAAAGCAGCUGCCUCCUUGUUUAAGCCUGAAAAAGCUUGGUUUCCUUUUAUGAAUUGGUUCAUUAAAUCAGCCGUAUUUUAAUGCAACUUUUAAAGAUACCACAUGUUUCAGCCUAGAAGCCUGUGGGGGAAAACGUGUUGCUUCAGUGAGCAGCAGGAAGCUGCUACGUUCAACAACUUCUGAAGACCUUCUGAUUAAUUCUGGAAGCAUGGCGAUAGCAACGUAGAAAAUGUUUUCAAUUUCAAAUGUUUUUGAGCCUAGAAUACUCAACUUUAAGUUAUGAAAAACCUCAUUUUUGAGCUCAGAAUCGCUGUUUCACACUUUGAACAAUUGUUCUGACACUUUUCUGACCUCAGAAAAUCUUAUUUCAAGCUUGGAGUAUUGAGUAAUGGCCUUUUCUUAUUUUAUACAUUUUGCAUAAUUCCUAAUUGUGAAGUGUGCAUUUUAAAAAUACAACAUUGUUUAAAGCAAGGGUUGGGGAAAUCUGGCCCUUUAAUGACUUGUGGAACUUCAACUAAUUCCUGGCCAGUUCAGGAAUAAUGGGAGUUGGAAUUCCACAAGUCGCAAAAGGGCCAGAGUUCACUAACCCUGCUUUAAACAAUAUUGUUGUCUAAAAUCAAUUGCUUUUCAUUUUUAUAAAUCUGCUUACAUCAUCAACCAAGACAUUCUGCAAUGCCACACUUAUCCUACCAUAUUGUAUUUUGUAAUUCUGGAUCAAUUUAUUUUUUUUGGGGGGGCGGGGGGAGAAAUGCGGAUGACAUUCAGUUGUCUCCAUUUUUAUUGACUGUACUGACAUUCCUUAUGACAUCCCACACUGUGACUUUCGUGUUUUGUAAUUUUGGAAAAAAAUAAAAUAAAAAUAACUUUCAGUGCUUCA